AUGUUCCGCGUCGAACUCCUCACGGACACCAAAUCGACCGCCCAACCGGGCUGGGCCUACGUGCCAGACCGAGGCUUCGACCCCGCCAAAGCAGCGAUGGCGCCGACGCUGGGCCGAAAACGCGGAAUCCGCGACGCAGGCAAGGGCGGCGACAUGACGUCGCGCCAGAACACAGCGAUCGUGCGACACCUCGCCGAGCUGGACCGCGAGAACCAGCGCGACGUGCAGAUCCCCGUUCCCGUCAAGCAGGCUAAGGAGGCGGGUGCGCGCGGGACGCGCGCGAAGACAACCUCGAAUGUGCGCCGCAUCUUGCAGUCGCAGAAGACGUUUCGGAAUCACCUUGAUGAUGAGGAGGCUGCUAUUUCAUUGGGUGCGGCGGGUGCAUCGGGAGGAGGGGGAGGAGGUGCAGCGCCGGGUACGGGUGUGGCUGGAAUGAGCGGCGGAGCGGCGCAAGCGAAGAGCGGGAUAGCCUCCAAGGGGAGCAAGAGCAGCAAUGCUGCACAACGGAAACGUCCUUUAGCAGCAGGAGCAACAACCUCAGCAUCUGCAACACCCGCGCCCUCAAUACCCGAGACAGCAGAGGCAGAAGAAGCCGACGAUGACGAAUCCGCGCGCAAACCCAAGCUCCUCAAGACCGAAUACGACAAUGAUCCCCUUCUUCGCUCAUAUGCGCCCACCGCGCCCUCAGAACGAAUCAUGCAGCGCCUCCUUGCCGAACCGCCUCUGUCAUAUAACGCGUCGCGGGCAGGGCCGCCUUCGUUGUCAGCGCCGCCGAGGCAUUUCUGUUGCAUGUGUGGGUAUUGGGGUAAGAUCCGGUGCAAGAGUUGCUAUUUGCGAACUUGUGGGCUGGAAUGUUAUAAGGUGCAUGAGGAUUCGAGGUGUGGGGCGUUUUUCUGA